AAUGAAUAUUCAAUUACCAAAAUUCAGCUCACUUUCAAGCCAAGUGGCUUUUGAUAGUGGGCAUAGUUUACGAAAUCACCUGCGCUUGAUAUCAGCGUAAAGGUCUAGGGCCGACGUCGCGAGAUUCGUUCUUUAUUGAUACCAUAUAGAGCGUUGAUAAGAUAGUAUUUGCUAUCAACAUGCCGUACCGACAUUGUCGUUUUAGUCAAGUUUGCAGGGUCACGUAUAUUUUUUGUGUGAAAUGUUGUCGUGAGUGUUGAGAAGUGUGCCGUGUAACGAUGCGGCAGUGUGGGAAUAUAGUUCUGGGCUGUACACAAGGCCUGUGCAGGGCCUUUCAGUGGUUGUCCUGCCUGCUAUGCUGUUGGUACACUGGGAACAAAGUAUCAGCAGCGUCAGAGACGCUCCGCAUAGAAGUGGGUGUGGUCGACGAGUCUGACAAGAAGAAGCACAACCGGAUCAAGACCUCCAAGUAUACCCUCCUUACCUUCCUGCCGAAGAACUUGGCGGGGCAGUUCCGACGUGUGGCCAACUUUUAUUUCCUCGUCGUCACGUUCAUCUCCAUCGUCAUAGACAGUCCGGUGUCCCCACUCACGAGCAUAGCCCCGCUGAGUUUUAUGGUGCUGGUGACCGCUGCAAAGCAGGGAUACGAGGACUGGCUGCGGCAUAAGGAGGACAACAAGGUCAACAACCAAGUUGUGGAGAUAGUCCACAAAGGGGUGAUCAAGAAUGUGCGUAACUGCCUCAUCGCCCCCGGGACGCUCGUCCGGGUCAAGCGAGGGAAGGAGGUGCCAGCUGACCUGGUGCUUCUAUGCUCGGCGCAGGAGAAGGGGAAAUGCUACGUCACUACCGCCAACCUGGAUGGAGAGACCAACCUGAAGACCCUGAGGGUGCCGACGCCGCUUGUAGGAUUCACUCCAGGUGAGUCAGAUCAACGCUCGUCGGAGUUAAGUGAGGAAAGGUGCAGACCUGGUGCUUGCUCGGUGCAGAAGGGGAAGUGCUACGUCACCACGGCCAACCUGGAUGGAGAGACUAACCUGAAGACCCUGAGGGUGCCGAAGCCGCUCGUUGGAUUCACUCCAGGGAAGGAGGUGCCAGCUGACCUGGUGCUUCUGUGUUCGGCGCAAGAGAAAGGGAAGUGCUACGUCACCACGGCCAACCUGGAUGGGGAGACCAACCUGAAGACCCUGAGGGUGCCGACGCCGCUUGUAGGAUUCACUCCAGAUAUCCUGCCUCAAGGCAUGCGCAUAGAGAUCCCGCACAACAUCGCGGACUUAUACACGUUUUACGGCCGCCUGGACAUCCCGGGACUCGACAGCAUCCCGCUCGGGACCGACAACCUCAUGCUGCGCGGCUCCCGCGUCAAGAACACCGAGUGGGCCAUCGGCUGUGCCGUCUACACGGGUGAACAAACAAAACUAGCUCUAAACUCGAAGUACACUGGAAACAAGUUCUCAUCGUGCGAGCUGGCUACAAACGCGUUCCUCGGUUUCUACAUUCUGCUCCUCAUCCUGGAGAUCACGGGUUCCACCGUAGCCAAGAUCAUGGUAGAAGAAAGGAACCGGGGCAUGGAACUGUACCUGGGGCCUCUGCCGUCCUUCCCGCCGCCUAUAGGCAGCUUAGUCCAGGAUAUCUGCUCGUUUCUGCUGCUGUACUACUAUAUUAUACCCAUGUCGCUGUAUGUGACCAUUGAGCUUAAUAAGUUUCUCGGCACAUACUUCAUCGGCUGGGACGAGGAGCUCCGCUGCGAGGAAACAGGCCGACCAGCGCUAGCCAAUACCUCCGAUCUCAACGAAGACUUAGGCCAGGUGGAAGUACUGUUCUCAGACAAGACUGGCACUCUCACUAAGAAUCUUAUGGUGUUCAAAGCGUGUACUAUACGGGGACACGUAUAUGAGGAGAGAGAGAGCCGGCUGUAUGACACGGAGCGGUUUGAGGAGCCUGUGUGCUGCAAUAAUGUGAGUUAUGAUACUUGUAACAGGGUAGGGGGCACUCUAGUGCUGUUCUAGGA